AUGGCGCCGUCACCCGGGCAGCGAUCUCAUUCCUCGCAUUCUACUAGCAGAUCAGGAUCCAAGACAAAAAGUUGGAUUCCAGAAAAGGUGUGUCAAGUUGGGAAGAAUAAGCUGGUUGCCUGCGGUGCUGCUUGGAUCGACGACACCUCGGCCAUAUCCGACGAUCUGGCAGCCAAGGUGACUGCAAAGGCAUUUGCUCUGCGCAUGAGCUACACUGAGUGGGACGAAGGAGAUGAGGAUGAAUCGCUGCUUGCAGCAGAAGCAAUAUACUACGGCCAAGUUGCGCUGAUUGAAGAAGGAAAGUUGCUGGAUGAGACGGUGACAAGCCAGAGGAGUCUGUGUCGAAUGUGGACCGCCAAACACAAAGUCACCACCGAAACCACCGAGGGAAUUUUUCGGAAAUUUGACAAAGCCCACAUCCUUAUUAAAGGUACCCCUUACGUCGCCAGCUUUGAAGAAGUCUUGCGUGAUAAAAUACCGAAAAUGAACCUUUCCGGCUGCACAAUUGCAAGCGAUUACGGAUUGGAUUUGUGCACUUCUUCCAAAAUUUAUCGGAAAAUCCAAAAUGUUUCAGGUGGCUAG